GCCUCUCUUGAGGUAAAGGGAACAGACGCAGGUAGAAAAUAAGUCAUCACCUUUCUGGAAACCUUGGCUGGGAAGGUUGAAUUAAAGGUAUUUCCUCUAGAGGAACCCGGCAUGAAAAAACAGGCAAGUACGGAUGCGACGAAAGCAAUGAUUUCUUUGAUUGAGAAGAAACACAAAUGCGUUAUCAAAACUGAGGAUAUCCAACGUGAGAAGAUUCACGAGAAAUCAGUUAAAGUUGCCACUAACAUCACACAUGGAGCAGUGGCCAAGGAAACUGUCGCUCCAACGAACUCGCCUACCAUGCAUGUUGUCAACGACAAGGAAAUAAAGAUGAGUUCCGGUCAAAGGAUAACAAUGAUUGUUGGAAAUUUGGCAAUGCAAAAGGUCGACGUCAUUGUGAAUACAACCAAUGACAGUGUGGAUUUAAACGCUAAUGCUUGUGGAAAAGCUUUACUUAAAGUGGCUGGUGAUGAACUGCUAAAGGAAUGUAAAAAGAUUGGAAGUCUGAAGGCGGGAGACAUGGCAUCAACUGGACCAGGAAAUCUGAACUGCAAGCGCGUUUAUCAUGUUCGCUCAUCUUCUUGGGACAGCGGAAAAGGAUCUUUGAUUCUACGAAAACUUAUCAGAAAAUGUUUAGACCAACUCGAGAAAGAUAGAUUCACGUCCAUUGCUAUCCCUGCAAUUGGUACAGGAAAUUUGCAUUUUCCACGUUCAGAAGUUGCAAACGUCUUUUUUGAGGAAGUUGGGGAUUAUCUGAUCGGCCAGCCUCAAUCGCCCAUCAAUGAUAUUCGCUUUGUGGCAUAUAGUGGUGACCAGCAAACAGUGGACGCAUUUCUAGGCGCAGUUCAGAAUAUAAAGUCUCCUCCUUCCACAAUCUAUAAAUCGAAUGCAAAGAAUCCGAGUUUAACUGAAAAGCCGGACGGAUCAUUAGAACUCUUUAUCGGGAGUAAACGUCUGAAAGUUCAGAUUGUACGCGCUGACAUCACCAAAGAAAGAACUAAUGUAAUUAUGCACGUGAUCGCCCAAGAUUUCUCGUUCAAAGGAGGAGUGAUAAACGCACUGACAAAAGCGGGUGGUGAUGACAUUGUACGAGCGUGCAAGGCACUCGGAAAGCCUGCGAUAUUUUCUACACACUAUACAACAGCAGGAAAACUAGCCGCAGAUCAAAUAGCUCAUGUCAUCGCACCAAGUCCGUGUAAAGUUCCUGACCUGAAGAAGUGCCUUGAUGUAUUUUUGGAUGAUAUUCAAAAGAAAAAUAUCGCCGAAGUUUCGUUUUCAGCCAUUGGAGCGGGUGCGAUGGGUUUUCCCGAGAGAGAUGUAGUCGAUAUAAUCUUUGGUAAUUUAUUACGAGUUGCGGAGUUGCAAAAUUCCAAAUUAAAUUUAGUGCGAAUUGUAAUCAUGGAUAAAGAGAAGUUUGGCAAAUUUAAAGAUGCAACUAAAGCUUAUGUAUUAGCAGCAGGUGCAACUCCUUCAAGUUCACAGCCGGUGGUAAAGUCAGCAACAAAAACCCCUCAAAUUAUUCAUGGAAAGACGAUCACAAUUUAUUCAGACGAAGGUGAGAACAUUGUCAGAGCAUGGGGAGAGUUAGAAAGUAAAAUGAGUCAAAAUAUUGAGAAUAUGACCAUGAAUGAUGACGUAAUCAAGAAAUUUACUGAUCACCAUCUCAAGGAGUUAAGGAAACUGUCGGAAGAUAAUGAUGUCAGGAUUGUGCCAGACGUGAGUAUGGGAAACAUUAAAAUCAAAGGACAUAUUGCAGAUGUUUCAAAUAUCCAAGAAAAGAUACGAACAAUGCUGAAAAAGAUAUCAGACGACGAAAGCAAAGUUCCCGAUUACUGGGAUAAAUCAUUGACUGGAGGAGUUCAUAAAGUCAACCUGUCCACCAAAAACAAAGAAUACAAAGAGAUUGAAGAUGCAUUUAAAAAAACGGCUCCGAAUGAAAUCGUCCGCAUCGAUAGAAUACAAAAUAGAGGUAUUUACGAGUUGUAUAAUGUGAAGCGCCAAGCAAUGAAGACAAAAUAUGGCAGAAACUUUCCUGGCAAAGAGCUGAUGUUAUUCCAUGGCACAUCGUCAGAAAAUAUUGAUACGAUUAACUCUGGUGGGUUGAACAGAAAUUUCGCAGGAAUACAUGCCACUCGUUAUGGUAGAGGUGUUUAUUUCGCCCGGGAUGCCAGUUAUUCUUGCCAGAAAACCUUCUCGCCCGCAGACUCACAGGGACAUCGAUAUAUGUAUUACGCUAAGGUUUUGGUCGGCGAUUUUACAGUCGGGACGGAUAAUAUGAUAGUAGCUCCAAAUAAGAAUACCACAGAUCCUAACGAAACAUACAACUCCGUGGUGGACAAUGUUGAAAACCCCAAAAUUUAUGUUCUGUUUCAAGAUUACGAGUAUUAUACCGAGUAUCUGAUCACUUUUAAAUAACGUCAACUUGGUAUAGGAAUGUCAGUACAGUGUUACCACGCCAAGUGAAUGAACUUGCAUGCAAGGUUGGCAAACUUGGAAACUCUUUUUGUGCAAUAUAUAGGCAUUUGAAUUCAAUGAAUUAUUUUAUUGCAGACAUGUUACGACUUAUAUCAUAGGACGGGGGGUGUGUGUUGAUUUAUGUAUUCGGUUCGGCCCGACAGGCGACAGAUUCCUUUUGUAAGUGCAAUGGCUUACAAUAGAAAUCCAUCGGGCAGAACUGCAUGAAUAUAGGAAUAAACACCAAAUAAUCGUUCAAGUUUCGGUCCUGACUUACCUAUAGCCAUCUUCAGUGCGAAUUAAGAAAUAUAUCUGCAAUAGAAAAAUGCGUUUAUUUCAAAUGCUUAAUUGCUCUUGUGCUGAUCAAAUAAUACAAUUAGUUAAUUACGAUAAGUGUGAAUGUUACUGAAUAACUUUUGUUUUCACCUAAAGUUCCUAUAAAUCGAUAAUCACUUAGUUGAUUUAGUUCUAUUAUAAACAGUUUAGUAAUAUAUAGAUAGAUAUAUGCACUUUGUUUUUACGAGACUUGGAUCUAAGAAAUGCAUAUUUUUUGGAA